UAUUGGAAGUAAUACCUGUAAUUAGGAAAAUAUUAUUUUUUUUAUUUUAGGCAAAAAUAAAUUGGAUCUAUAAGAAUGUGUUCUUGGAAUUUCUAUGUUAACGUAUUGACUGUCCUUUUUGUUAUCAAUGGACUUACGAACGCUAGAUUAAAACGAGGAAGGUAUCCUCAAUUUAACGAUUUUUGUUCAGCUAAAGACGUAUAUGUUGGAGCACCAUGGGAUUGUUCAGGAUAUAUUCACUGCCAAAGUGGAAAUGGAAUUAAAAUGACAUUUUGGAUAGAAUGUCCAGCUGGCUUAUACUUUAAUUUGAAACAUAAAACUUGUAUGUGGCCUCAAGAUGUCAGUAAUCCUUGUCCACCUGUGAAAGAUGUCGUUGACACAUAUUGCCCUCAGUAUCCCAGAGCUAAGUUAGUCCACGACAAAAACUGUGCAAGAUAUUAUGACUGUAGUGAUUUUGGUAAUAAGAGAAUGCCAUACUUGAAGGAAUGUCCAUACCCUCAGCUUUUCAAUACGGAUACUUUAACAUGUGAUGACUAUAAGUAUGUAGAGUGUGAAGAAAGAUACAGACCGGUAACUCCAUGCGAUUACAAACUGAGUCAGUGCAGAGGACCUAACUGUCCACCAUGCGAGUCAAAACAAGAAGGAUGCGAGGGACAUCCAAAUGGAGCAAAGGCAUAUCCUGGACGUCUGCUUACAGAAUAUUUCCUUGUAUGCUUCAAUAAUAAAACUAAUGCCAUAAAAACAUGCACAGACAAUAAGUUAUUUGAUCCUAUCCAAGGAAAAUGUACACUCGACCUAGACCCAAUGGCACUAGACGUCUACUGCGCAUCCAGUGUCGAUGCCAAGAUUGCACAUCCACGCAUCUGUUCUCGUUACUAUGACUGCAAGCUGACAAGACCACGUGAGAACUUUAACAAAUACGAAGGAGAAUGUCGCUACCCACUUCUGUAUUCCGAACGUUAUCAAAGGUGUAUAGACUUUGCAGACGUCCAGUGUGGAUCUAAAAUUGAACCAUUGUCACCAUGUGAAUAUGGACAAAACAGUUGUUUCGGAAGAAAUUGUCCGCGAUGUAGUGAUGGGGUUAUACCGUCCUGUGUAGGUCUUUCGGAUGGUCAAAAUCCAUUUCCUGGAUAUGACAAUAGAUACCUUGUCUGUCGUAUGGAUCGCACAGUAGAAACAAGGACGUGUAAUGCAGGAGAAUUGUUCUCACAAAAUCUCAGAGGGUGUUCUACAACUGGAAGUGGAUUGGCUAACCCUGGGAGACCUGAUACAGGCACUGGAACAAUUCCACUGGAACCAGUUAAACCAUUUCAACCUGUAAGACCUCCAGUUCAGCCACCAUUUCAACCUCCAGUUCAACCACCAGUUCAACCACCAUUCCAACCACCAGUCCAACCACCAGUCCGACCUCCAGUACGACCUCCUGUACGACCUCCUACUCAACCACCUGUCGAGCCUCCUUUUCGACCACCUACCCCUACCAGACCUGCAAUUGGUCCAGUCAUUCCUCCAAUAGGAUCCGGGCCUUGCGCGGGAAAUCCAUUGGCCAUUCAACAAGACCCAGACAACUGUGCAAGGUACUACAACUGUAGUCAAAGAAUCACAUUUCAAGGACUUAAUUCAUUCCAAGCGGAAUGUCCGUACCCACAACUGUUUGACACAACUUUAGGAUACUGUAACGAUUUCCCUGCAGUAACAUGUGGCAGGAGAUAUGAAGCAAUGUCUCCAUGUGAUUAUGUUACCACACGUAAUUCUUGUGUAGGAGAAUCGUGUGCAAUACCAUGCGAAGAACGGUCGCCAUCUUGUGUUGGUAUGCCAGAUGGAAACAAUACUUUUCCCGGAAGAGAACUUACUCCAUUCUAUAUGACCUGCCUUCGUAACAGGACACUCUCUGUUGGAAUAUGUAAAUAUGGAGUCUAUGACCCUACGAAGAAGUAUUGUACGACAGAUUUAGAUCCAUAUUCUGUUCAGGUAUUUUGCCAAGAUAAACCAAACAUCAAAUUCCCACACAUUGCAAAUUGUGCUCGAUACUAUGACUGCAGUGCUAUCGAAUCUGACCCGGUAUUUGGAAAAUACCAGAGGGAGUGUACUUACCCUACACUGUUUAAUAUUGACCUCCUUCGGUGUGUUCCUCCAGUGGAAGCUGACUGUCAAUGGCGAUAUGAACCUAAAGAUCCUUGCGGUUUCCUUGGAAACCAGAGAUGUGAUGUCAAUAACAGAAACUGCGUUCCAUGUGUUGACACAUUGAACAUAUGCGCAGGUGUAAUGGCGGGAAACAUCGCUAUUGCGGACAAUAAAAUGGAAUACGCCGUUUGUAAGCAGGGGAGGUUCUUUACUACUGUUAGCUGCGCCCCUUAUAACUUCAAUCCAUCAACAAAAGGAUGCGAGACGGCUGUUAAUUCAUGUGAAGGCCUACCUAACGGGAAACAGUCUAUGCUAGGUUCAGAAUCAAACUAUGUACUUUGUUUCAAUCAGAAUGUUGUUGAAUUUGGAAGCUGUGAACCUUUAUUAUUUGAUGCAAAUUCCAAGCAGUGUUCACAGCAGCAAAAAUCUAAAUGCAGUGGAUUGUCAGAUGGUAAAUACCCAACACCUAAUAUAUUCCAAUACAUAGUCUGUACAAAUGGUAGACAAACCAGUGUUGGCGAUUGUAGUCCAGCUAUUUUUGAUUCGAGAGAAUCUAAAUGUAUUAAGCCUGAAUUUUCCUGCGAUAGAUUGCCUGAUGGAAAUUAUGGACAUAAUGAUGGCACAACAUAUUAUAGCUGUGUAAAGGGGGCGUUUGCUGGGAAGAAUACUUGUAAUCCAGGUGUAUUCGAUUUCUUAGAGGGAAAAUGUCUUCCAUCAGCAUGUCGUGGAAAACAAGAUGGCAGAUUUGCCUUACCCGGAAGUGACAUUCACUACAUGACUUGCACUAAUCAGGAAGUUGUGAAAGUAAGGAAAUGCGAAAGGUAUACAUUUGACGAAUCAUUAGGUAGAUGUACAAAGUCUGUGAGCUUUUGUUCUAAUUUGCCAGAUGGAUGGCACCAGAUGAAAGAAAUGUUUAUUUAUAUGUACUGUGUGGACAGAAAACCAUCUAGAAUUGUAGUUUGUCCUGCAGAGGUAUUCGAUACUGUAAAUGGAGUUUGUUUAGAAGGAUAUGCCCCAUCUGAUCCUGUAACAUUUUGUGAGAAUAACCCUACAGCUAUAAUGCUACAUCCGGAAAGUUGUGCCCGAUAUGUAGACUGUAGGAAUAGGAAUACACUGUUAGGCAACUAUCAGGAGGAAUGUGCGUAUCCACAGCUAUUUGAUAGCUUUAACAACUCAUGUAAACCUUAUAGAGAGGUCAAAUGUGGAAACAGACCAGAACCUAAAGCCCCAUGUGAUUAUCAGAAACAGAAGAUAUGUGUUCCCGCUGGAAACUGCCGUCCAUGUGAAUUAGAUAACCCCAACUGUGUCGGUAAACGUGAUGGACCCCAAGCUGUACCAAAUAAACCAGAAUAUUUCAUGCAAUGUAAAGAUGAACGUACCAUCAGUGUAACACAAUGUCCACCCACUGCUCCAAACUUUGAUGUUACCAGUGGUUCAUGUACAGUAACACUUAACCCCUUAAACCCUGGUCCCUACUGCGAAGCAAACCCGACAGCUGUUGUGCCACAUCCAGAUAAUUGUGCUCAGUAUAUAGACUGUAGACAAAAGAACACACCAUUAGGAAACUAUAGACAGGAAUGUCCUUAUCCUCAGCUGGUAUCACUGGCGGAUGCUACUGGUUUACCAUGUAAAACAUUCCAGUCUGUCCAAUGUGGAGCUAGACCUGAACCAAAGAAUGCAUGUGAUUACGAGCAGAAUCUGAUAUGCAUGGAUCCAGCCAAUUGUAUUCCAUGUGACCAAAGAUUUCCUAGUUGUUAUGGUAUGCCGGAUGGAAACCACCCGUUUCCAGGGCAACCGAACAAGUACAUUGUGUGUUUAUCGGAUAGAACCCUAAGAACAGAAACAUGUGACCUAGGACAGUUUGAUCCUUUGACUGGAUCAUGUUCUGUCAAAUUUGAUCCAAGUAACCCACAAGCAUUUUGUAAUUUAAAUUCAAGAGCCAAGGUAGAAGAUCCAACAAGCUGUGCGAUUUACUAUGACUGUUCUAGCUCUGGUUCUUUGACCAGUCCCUAUAAACAAGAAUGUCCGUAUCCACAGCUAUACUCGACAACCUCACAAUCAUGUGAACUGUUUACAAAAGUCAAUUGCGGGGAAAGAUAUAUGCCAGUAAAACCAUGUGAAUAUUUACAGAAUCAGUGUAUAGGUCCAGGCGGUGCACCAGCUCUCAAUUGUGAACCUUGUGUAGAUCGACUGCCUUCUUGUAUUGGGUUACAGGACGGAAAUAAUACUUUCCCAGGACGACAAAAUACACCUUACUAUAUAACAUGCUAUCUAAAUAGGACAAUAUUAGUACGUACAUGCGAGGAAGGAGUAUACGAUGAAACGUCUAGAGCGUGUAUUUCAAAAUUAGAUCCAGCUAACCCAGCAUUAUACUGUAGGAAGAAUCCCUUACAGAACAUUGCAAAUCCUAACAACUGUGCCCAGUUUUAUGAUUGUUCAAAGCCCACAGGAAGAUUUGGAGCUUAUUUAUACGAAUGCCAAUAUCCUCAGCUUUUCAAUGAAGUCACUGGCAGUUGUGUUGUAUUUGGUAAUGUUAAAUGCGGAGGUAGAUUCUUACCACAAAGUCCAUGUCAAUAUCAACAGAACCAGUGUUCACCUGUAGCUGGUCCAAACUGUGAACCCUGUGAACAAAGACUGCCAUCUUGUAUUGGCAAACUAGAUGGAAAUAACACAAUAACUGGAAGAGAACUGACAGCUGAUUAUGUAGUCUGCUUUAUGAAUAGAACGGUCAGUGUGGAGACCUGUCCUGCUGGAUACUUUGAACCAACUCUCGGGGAAUGUAGAACAACUAUUGGCGCAGCUGCAAUACGAGCUUUUUGUAUAGCCAAUCCGGGUGUGAUACGAGCUAAUCCUGUAAAUUGUGCUCAGUAUUUCGACUGUGGUGAAGCCAGCAUACGAGCCAGAACUUUCCUCCGUGAAUGUCCUUAUCCCAUGUUGUUUGAUACUUCAAGUAACACAUGUCAGAAUUAUACAUCAGUAGCAUGUGGAUCCAGAACAGAAUACACAGCACCAUGUGAUUAUCUACAGAAUAGAUGUAAUCCAACGAUAUCUAACUGCCGUCCAUGUAGAGAAAGAUUUGCCAGUUGUGUAGGAAUGACCGAUGGACUACAUCCAUUUCCAAAUCGAACAAUGAGCCCAGAUUUUAUUGUAUGCAAUCGAGGUAGAACUGUAUCUGUUGAAAAAUGUUUGACUGGACUGUUUGACCCAGGAGCACGAAUUUGUACCAGAGACAUUACAGAAGAUAUGAUAAAGGCCCACUGUACAAUUAAUCCAAGUACAAUACAACCUCACUUAUACCAGUGCGCACAAUAUUUCGACUGUGGACCAACCAUUGGCGGAAGUUACUUGCGAGAAUGUAAAUAUCCACAAUUGUUCGAUACUACAUCGAUGACCUGUCAGAACUUUAGUGAAGUCACUUGUGGACCCCGGAUUGAACCUCAAGCUCCAUGUGACUAUCUACAAAACCAUUGUCCACCCAAUGUAACCAACUGUGUUACAUGUGAAGACAGAUUGCCGACUUGUAAAAGUCUAAAUGACGGAAACAAUGCCUACCCAGGACGACCUGUAUCCGAGUAUUAUAUAAAUUGCUUCAGUAACAGAACAGUGUCAGUUGAAGCUUGCCAAGUAUCUCUGUAUGAUCCAGUGAGACGAAGGUGUUCAUCCAAGAUAGAUUCAGGAGUUUUAACAAAGUUCUGCCAGGACAACCCCAGGAUGGUUAUACCAGAUCCAGCAAACUGUGCACGGUAUUAUAACUGUAGUGACCCAUCUUUAGCACAAGGUUUAGAUGAACCCUACAGGCAGGAAUGUAAAUAUCCAAGACUAUUCCAGUCAGCAGGUGUCGGGUGUCAGCUGUUUACUAUGGUCCGAUGUCAAAAGAACAGAUAUGUACCGAAAACACCAUGUGAAUACGUUGAGAACCAAUGCUUCAAUUCUACAUGUGAACCGUGUGAGACACGAUUUCCUAGCUGUGUUGGUAAAGUUGAUGGCAGCAAUGAAUUUCCAGGACGGGAAAACACAGAAUUUUACAUUGUGUGCUACAGAGAAAGAACUGUUGCCAUAGUUUCGUGUACCAUCGGUACCUACAGUCACGCUGAUAGGGCGUGUGUGGGAGAAGUGAAAAAUACAACUGACAUCAUUGCUCCUUCACCUGCCAGGAGAUAACAGAUCAAAACAAAUUAGGGUUUGUCUAGGUGUCAAACUUGAUAUUUAAUAAAACAAAGUAGUGUAAUGUGGGAUAGGCCUUAAAUAUGAGUACAAAUCUGAAUAUUAUCUCAGGCACUACUUAGUAUAUACCUUCAAUGAACUUACAAUAGUAGUUUUAAUAUACAUAUUUACAUAUUGUGUUUAAAAGGCAUUUUAAUCUGUGAUGAUGUAUUGAAAGACGAAAGACAAUUAAACAAUAUUUAUAAUCUAGUAUGGGUUGCCAUAAGAAUAAUAAAUGGACGUAUAUUCAGCGUCCCUAUCGCACCUACGAGUCCUACAUAUAUAUACAUCUUAUGAACAAAUGCUCAAAUGACAAAUAGAUAUUUUUUCAAUAUUAUAUUAUAACAUAUAUCUUUUAACUUUUCAAAGAAACGCCAUGACUUUCCUUGUAUAUUGUUUAGUGCUAUUCAGAGCAUCAGUAAAACAAGAAAACUCAAUUUGUGUAAAUUUUUAUUCCAAAUGUUCUAGGUUUAUGCAUUUCGACCCUUCCUUCAUUAGUUUUCAGAUAAACAAAGAUGGUUAGAUUCGGAGGGCAUAAUUUUAUUAUUUGUAAAUACGCUGUUGACAAUAUGAUAUUGCUAAUUUGUAGUAAUCAAGAUUUAUGACGAAUAAAGACAUAAACACAAUUAAAUUUUUAUUUCAUACUUUUUAUCCUUCAUGUUUUACACGAAAAAUAAAUGGCAUAAACAUUUAAGCUUGCAGACAUGCUGGUAGUAUUUUACACAACGAUAUAUAUCCUUUUAUAAUUGAUUAACUAAUAGUGAAUACCUGAAUAAUAGUGCUUAUCUUGUAUUUGCCUCAAAAUAACAUAUUAGUUCCAAAUCCUUUGGUAGACUGAAUCACUCCAUUGGUAAAUGCAAGAUUAUGUUUCAACUUUUGCAUUCAAUAUCGUAUGAAAUGUAUGACUAUUUAUAAUAAAUAAAAACUUUUUCAAGA